AUGUCUCUCAGUUGUACUUUUCUCUCUCUGUCUCUCUCUGUCUCUCUCUGUCUCUCUCUGUCUCUCUCUGUCUCUCUCUGUUCAAUUCUCUCUAACCAAUUCAUACUCUCUCUCUGUCUCUCUCUCUGUCUCUCCUCUCUGUCUCUCCUCUCUGUCUCUCUCUCUCUGUCUCUCCUCUCUGUCUCUCCUCUCUCUCUUUUCACCGAACAGCAGACCUUGCGCGAUUCACUCACCAAGCUUUCACAAGACACGGAAGAGCUGGCUUGGUCGCACUACAAAUCCUUUAUUAGUGCCGCUGACCAUUCCAAAGCCAUCUUUCGCGAGUUCAAAGCCGUGGAAGACCAUGCUUCGUCCCUGUCCAACCAGCUGUCUGGCCUGUCUGGGGCCUGCACUGCACUCUUGCAACAGGCCAAGGCCAUCAAUGACCAACGCCACGAGGCUGCCUUGAUGCUUCGUUACCAUUCGCAGAUUAUGGAGGUGCUGGAACUACCCCAUCUUCUGGAUGCCUGCAUCAAAUCAAGCCGCUAUGAAAAGGCGUUGGAGCUUCGCGCCCACAUUCAACGUCUUGCCCGGAAGCUUUCCAACGUUUCCGUGAUCAAGACGAUUGCCGAGCAAUCAGAGCUCAGAAUGGGCCAGAUGAAGGCAAGCCUGGUGCAGGCACUGCAAACCGACCUUGCACUCACAGAUUGCAUCAACACCGUCAGCCACCUGCGGGCUCUACAAACAUUCCAAGAGCCCGAGCUUCGCGUUCUCUUCCUUCAAGCUCGUAAUGCUUUCCUCGACAAGACCCUGGCUAGUUUGUCAACGGCAGAUGCAGCACGCUACCUGAAUGACGUUAUGGACGCCUCUCGCCGACACAUCUUCAACAUCGUAACUCAAUAUGGCGCUGUCUUCUCGACGACCUAUGCCAGCAGCAGCAAGACUCACGACCCGCUACAACGCCAUGAACUGCUCUACGAUUGGGCGCUGUUUCGGGUAACCAUUUUCGUAGCCACUCUUGAGCAGCACCUGCCGCGGGUCCAGGCCCGUGCCGCCGCCAUCAUGGGGCAAGCAAUGCAAUUCAUGGCUGCUCUGCGCCGUUGCGGCAUGAAUGGGCGGGCACUGCUCUUGCCCGUCUGCGAACGCUACUCCAUCAACGCCUUUGAGGCUCGAGUUCGAGCAGCCAUCGACAUUUUUGAGACUGGCCUACCUUCCAUGCGCUUGGCCGCCCAUGGCAUAUUGAAUGUUGAUGCGUCAUUUGACGAAUCUGAUUUGCUACAGCCCCAACUUCCCAUUCGUCUCACCAGUCAUGGAGCUUUGGCUUCUCUCGCAAAUGCCAUCCUCCAUGCUUUCAAUGAGCUUCGCGAAUUUGCUCUGGCCAGCAUUGCGAUCAAACUUGCAGAAGGCUUGACGGUUGCUCUCCAACGUGGUGCCGCUAGCUUGGCGCGCUUCUAUGAAGGCAUUAAAAGUGGUCUCACUCAGAAGGAAAUGCUUGGUCUGAAAAACAUCAUGUCGCUCUAUGGAACUGCCUUGGUGCCAGCUCUGGUCGCAUGCUUUGAUGCCAUUUACAUGCCCUCCCUGUUUCUGGAUCGUGCUGCGUUGGCUACUAUGCGCCACCAGUCCUUGUUGAGUAUCGAGGCGAUUGUUUCUCCACUCUGCGACGCCUGUCCUGAAACCGUCGGUGGCAUGGUCCGCAUCCUGAAUGGCACGGCAACUAUCCCUAGCGAAGGGGCAAAUGGCUCUGAGCCCACGGCCGCUGGGGCAGAAGACAAAGCACCUGCAUCCGAGGCAGAACUUGAACCCACUACUGAAGAUUCCGCUACGGAAAGUGAGGUCGUGAAUGACGAAACUCCUGCCCUUGAGCGCCGAGCCGCUGGGGCAGAAGACAAAGCACCUGCAUCCGAGGCAGAACUUGAACCCACUACUGAAGAUUCCGCUACGGAAAGCGAGGUCGUGAAUGACGAAACUCCUGCCCUUGAGCCAGCAAAGGGGGAAGAACCUGUCCCCGAUGGUGAAGCUGGACAAGUCGGCGAUCUGAAACCAUCCACCCUGGAAGUUGAGCCAGCCGAGAGCGAGGACAAUGCUUCACAGAGAGCCACAAGCAAUUCCGAACCAUCUGUGCUCGACGAAUCCGCGUUUUCCCUAGACGAUGAUACGACAGCUGAAGUUGGAGCAACUUCUCCCAAUGGCAAGCUCGAGCCCCCGGUUGAAGUUGAUGCUGAUGUUGAUGAGGCUACCGCAGCCAUUGACACGACACCUGCAACUCCUUCAGCCGAGGCCGCAGAUACAGACGCUUACGCAAGCGAGGUGAUUGCUGAGCCCGAGAGCGUAGCGUCUCCAGAAGCCUCGCAUUUAAUACCAAAGCCAGCAGCCGUGAUGGAAGACGUGGAACGCGACAGGGCUGAGCAAGUGUUCGCCGACUGGCUCGAAGCCAUGCGAGCUCACAUGCAGCAGGAUCAUCUCCGUGUUCUAGAUUUAUUCCGCGAGUGUGAUGUCAAUGGCGACGGGCGCCUAUCAGCAGACGAGUUGCGACAGUUUUUGACGACCGCUCACCUACCAAUGUCCAACGAGGAUGUGACGUGCGUAAUGGGCGUUUUGGACGAGGAUGGUUCCGGCCUGAUUGACUACCACGAGUUUGCCCAAAAGGUUUAUCGACGUCGCUACCCCGCUACCGAGAGCCGUCGCAGCUCAGCGUCAUCCACCACAGCUCCUGAAGCUCGAAGUGCACCUUCUGCUCGGCAGUCUGCCGGUGAAACUGCGCUCAACAAACUACUCAAAUACUUCCAAGCCCAUCCGGCGGUUCAACAACAAUUUGUUGACGAGAUCCGCGCCAAGGACUCAACCGAGCAGACCGGGGCUGUUUCGCGCCAAGCCUUUCGGUCCAUCGUGAGAAAAUUGGAGGGCGCCCAAGUAAGCAUACGCGAUGCCAACGCUAUGAUUGCCUAUUUAGACCCAGACAACACUAUGAAGGUCGUCUAUGAAGAGCUUGCUCCCUUUACCCAGGCAUGA